GUAGCUUAGUUAUACGGAUUUAGGAGCCAUUGUUCAUUCUCAUACUGCGAUUAGAUAAAGUGGAAAAGAAAUUAAUUAUUAAAAAAAAAAAACUAAAGGGAGUCACUUUUGACCACCUUGCCGUCCCUCAUCGAUGGUGUUCCUCGGUGGAGGUUUACGCAAUCCCAUUAUGCUCGCCACCCAAACCUACCGAAAGAUUCCGUCUUCCUUUUUCUAUUUGGCGGUGCCUUUCUAUCAAUGCUCUGCACAUUGGCUCGCGUUCAUGUUUCCUUCAGUCUCGUCCUUCUUGGCCCGGGGGAUUUCAUAGCGACCCUGUACCUCCUUCAUGACAAGCCCUGAAUCUUUACAUGCGCCUAAUCUCGGAUUUGUUUCCCUUCUUCUUCAGGUGGCGUAUGCUGGGUUUUUCUUCUUGUAAACACUUCCAAGGUUGAAUUUUUCCCUGCGGUGCAAAGUGGUAAAAAGGAGACAAAUUCUGCGUGUUUUUACAAUCGGAACAUCCGGAACUUCUGGAUUUUUCUGUCCCUGGAGGAAAACCAGACAGAAACACUAUUUUAUUCAAGCUUCUGGAUAUUUUUCUUCUUUCCUCGCAAUUUUGUCGAAGCCUCUCACUCCAUGGGUAACAUAGGAAGUAGCGGCGCUAACGGCCGUCGGAGAAGCAAUAGUAGACGGAGGCAUCCGCCGCCGACGUCGCCGCCACCGUUCAGGACGCAGCCAGAAAUCGCGUCCAGUCGGUCUGUGCAUCCAGCAUCUACACCUCACACAUCGCAAUACCCGAACCCUUCCCCGUAUUUCCAGUACCCAGGUCACUAUUCCGCUCCCCAUCAGGCUAUGCCGGCGCCGUUGCCGGCUCCUCUCGAUCACCACCAUCGAGCGGGGCCUCAUCCACAAACGGACCCAUCACGGACGGGUGUAAGUUACCAUUGCGGGCCUGCUGCGCCUCCACCCGCACCAUAUGUAGAGCAUCAGAAGGCGGUUACCAUAAGGAACGAUGUUAAUGUCAAGAAGGGUACUCUAAGGGUUGAACCUGAUGAGGAAAAUCCUGGGCGGUCCCUUGUUGCUUUCACAUUUGAUGCCACCGUAGAUGGGAGCAUUACCAUCCUUUUCUUUGGUAAAGAAGAUGAAAGCUGCAUCCUUACACCAACGAAGCAAAAUAUUUUAGCCCCUGUAACUGUAAGUUUCCAGCAAGGUCUUGGCCAGCAGUUUAGGCAGCCAACUGGAACUGGUAUUGACUUUUCAAUAUUUGAGGAGUCAGAAUUAUCAGAAGUGGGUGCAGUAGAUGUGUUCCCUCUAGCAGUGAAGGCAGAAGCAUCCUAUGGUAAACAAGAUGAAUCGAAUGAAAACUUAGCAUCUGAUAGCAGAAACUCUCAGAUAACUCUAGCAGCGUUUGAGAAGGAGAAAGGAGAAUUCCGGGUAAAAGUAGUUAAGCAGAUCCUAUGGAUAAAUGAAAUGAGGUAUGAACUGCAAGAGAUAUAUGGUAUUGGAAAUUCAGUGGAGAGUGACUUGGACGAAAAUGAUUCUGGAAAGGAGUGUGUCAUCUGCCUCUCAGAGCCACGAGACACAACUGUUCUUCCCUGCCGACACAUGUGCAUGUGUAGUGGGUGUGCAAAGGUUUUGAGGUUUCAGACAAAUAGAUGCCCAAUUUGCAGACAGCCAGUUGAGAGGCUUUUGGAGAUAAAGGGCCAUUAUGAUAGCCAACCCGAGGAAUGAUGACGUUAUGAAGAUACAGUGUUGAUGCUUCAGGCUUCCUGACCCUGUACAGCCCAACCAUUAUACUUGAUACUUCUAUUCUCAUAAUUUUCUUUCCCUUACCUUUCCUGAAUUUCAAUUAUGGAAAUGGAGAUCAUGUAUGGUAAGCUGUUUGACAAAGACAAAUGGCUGGCUUAUUACGCCUCAUCUAUACAAGUCAAUAUAUUCUGGUCUGCGUUACUCCAAAGUGGGUUGAACCGCCUUGGGAAAAAAUUAUACUUAAACGUGUUAUUUCUUCAUGUGACUUGUUUUUAAA